AAGCAAGAUGGCGGCAACGGCGGCACCCCCUACUGCUUAGCGCCCUGACUUGCCAUUGGCCAGAGCCCGGAGUGAAGCAGCCGCGGAUUGGUCAAGAACGGUGCGGGGGUGGGGGUGGAGCUGCAGCAGCCUGGAGCCAGGAGUGGGCAACGCGGCGUGAGCAGCGGCCCGAGGCUCCCGGAGCAUCGCGCUGGGAGAAGACUUCGCCGCUCGGGGCCGCAGCCUGGUGAGCUCAGCCCCCUUCGGGCCCUCCCCUGCAUCCCAGCCGGGGCCUCUCCGAGCCGGCGCUGAUCGAUGCCGACACACCCGGGGGACCCUAUCGCGACUCCAUCGCGCCAUAUCGCGACACCAUCGUGCCCUGUCGAGACUCCAUUUUGUCACAGCCCUUUUCAAUAUAUAUCUUUUUUUUUUAAUUUGCCCUGUCAUCUUUGGGGGCUGUCUCCCAUGUCGUGAUUUUGACGUGAUCUCUCCGUGACAUCACCGCGCCAUCGUGAAGUGUGAUCUCAUCGCCGCCCUGUCGUGACUUCAUCAAUGUCGUGUUGUGACCUGGCUGCGGCGGGACAGUUGGGCAAGGCGAGCAUCAUGGCCUCGGAUUGCGAGCCAGCUCUGAACCAGGCAGAAGGCCGAAACCCCACCCUGGAGCGCUACCUGGGAGCCCUCCGUGAGGCCAAGAAUGACAGCGAGCAGUUUGCAGCCCUGCUGCUAGUGACCAAGGCAGUCAAAGCAGGUGACAUAGAUGCCAAAACUCGGCGGCGGAUCUUCGAUGCUGUCGGCUUCACCUUCCCCAAUCGUCUCCUGACCACCAAGGAGGCGCCUGAUGGCUGCCCUGACCAUGUUCUGCGGGCUUUGGGCGUGGCCCUGCUGGCCUGCUUCUGCAGUGACCCCGAACUGGCCGCCCAUCCCCAAGUCCUGAACAAGAUUCCCAUUCUUAGCACCUUCCUCACAGCCCGGGGGGACCCGGACGAUGCUGCCCGCCGCUCCAUGAUUGAUGACACCUACCAGUGCCUGACAGCUGUAGCAGGCACACCCAGAGGGCCUCGGCACCUCAUUGCUGGCGGCACUGUGUCUGCCCUAUGCCAGGCAUACCUGGGGCACGGCUAUGGCUUUGACCAGGCCCUGGCACUCCUGGUGGGGCUGCUGGCGGCUGCCGAGACACAGUGCUGGAAGGAGGCAGAGCCCGAUCUGCUGGCCGUGUUGCGGGGCCUCAGUGAGGAUUUCCAGAAAGCUGAGGAUGCCAGCAAGUUUGAGCUCUGCCAGCUGCUGCCCCUCUUUUUGCCCCCGACAACCGUGCCCCCUGAAUGCUACCGGGAUCUGCAGGCCGGGCUGGCACGCAUCCUGGGAAGCAAGCUGAGCUCCUGGCAGCGCAACCCUGCACUGAAGCUGGCAGCCCGCCUGGCACACGCCUGCGGCUCUGACUGGAUCCCGGCGGGCAGCUCCGGGAGCAAGUUCCUGGCCCUGCUGGUGAAUCUGGCGUGCGUGGAAGUGCGGCUGGCACUGGAGGAGACGGGCACGGAGGUGAAAGAGGAUGUGGUGACCGCCUGCUAUGCCCUCAUGGAGUUGGGGAUCCAGGAAUGCACUCGCUGUGAGCAGUCACUGCUUAAGGAGCCACAGAAGGUGCAGCUCGUGAGCGUCAUGAAGGAGGCCAUAGGGGCUGUUAUCCACUAUCUGCUACAGGUGGGGUCAGAGAAGCAGAAGGAGCCCUUUGUGUUUGCCUCGGUGCGGAUCCUGGGUGCCUGGCUGGCCGAGGAGACCUCAUCCUUGCGUAAGGAGGUGUGCCAGCUGCUGCCCUUCCUCGUCCGCUAUGCCAAGACCCUCUACGAGGAGGCCGAGGAGGCCAAUGACCUUUCCCAGCAGGUGGCCAACCUGGCCAUCUCCCCAACCACCCCAGGGCCCACCUGGCCAGGAGACGCUCUCCGGCUCCUCCUGCCUGGCUGGUGCCACCUGACGGUUGAAGAUGGGCCCCGGGAGAUCCUGAUCAAGGAAGGGGCCCCCUCGCUUCUGUGCAAGUAUUUCCUGCAGCAGUGGGAACUCACAUCCCCCGGCCACGACACCUCGGUGCUGCCCGACAGCGUGGAGAUUGGCCUGCAGACCUGCUGCCACAUCUUCCUCAACCUCGUGGUCACCGCACCGGGGCUGAUCAAGCGUGACGCCUGCUUCACAUCUCUCAUGAACACCCUCAUGACUUCGCUACCAGCCCUAGUGCAGCAACAGGGAAGGCUGCUUUUGGCUGCUAAUGUGGCCACCCUGGGGCUCCUCAUGGCCCGGCUCCUUAGCACCUCUCCAGCUCUUCAGGGAACACCAGCAUCCCGAGGGUUCUUCGCAGCUGCCAUCCUCUUCCUAUCGCAGUCCCACGUGGCGCGGGCCACCCCGGGCUCAGACCAGGCAGUGCUAGCCCUGUCCCCUGAGUAUGAGGGCAUCUGGGCCGACCUGCAGGAGCUCUGGUUCCUGGGCAUGCAGGCCUUCACUGGCUGUGUGCCGCUGCUGCCCUGGCUGGCCCCCGCUGCCCUGCGCUCCCGCUGGCCACAGGAGCUGCUCCAGCUGCUAGGCAGUGUCAGCCCCAACUCUGUCAAGCCCGAGAUGGUGGCUGCCUAUCAGGGUGUCCUGGUGGAGUUGGCGCGGGCCAACCGGCUGUGCCGGGAGGCCAUGAGGCUGCAGGCGGGCGAGGAGACGGCCAGCCACUACCGCAUGGCUGCCUUGGAGCAGUGCCUGUCAGAGCCCUGAGGGGUGUCCACUGGGGACAGACCCAGGGGCGGGCAGAGAGGGAAGGAGGGAGGAGGCAUCUUCCCUGAAGCCCCCAAACUGGCCCCCGCCUCCCCAGCCUUCCCCCGCAAAACACCCCAGCUUUCUGGCUUUUCUGAGGGCAAGGGCAUGGUGCCCACCCCUCAAGUGUAAGGCACUGCGUUCCGCCCCUCAGGCCCCCAUGGGGGCAGGGAUCGGCUUGGAAAUCAACGUGGUUGUCCCCGCCAGGCCGGGGAAGGUUGGAGCAGCCCCCAGGGAGGGGGGCACUAGGUGUCAUUGUGCCCGACGUCUGGCUCCCCUGCAGGAGGGAGGCUCCAGGGUAGGACAGGGCUGGCAGGAGGAGACUGCCUCAGCCCAUGUGCCCUGCCGGCCAGGGCGUGGGCUCCCCUCGGCUGUGGUGCCUCCUCUGGCCCCCCAGGUCCACGUCCUUUAAAUUGGCCCUUUGGCUCUUGCCCUUGGCUCCCUUGGGCAGAGAGCAGGCUUAGGCCAUUGAUAUCGCAGUUCUUCCUAUCAACUUCAGUGACCCAGAGUCUGAACUGCCCCCAUCCUAGGGCAACCUGGGGCAGACAGGCCUGGUGUGGGGGUGGGGAAACCUCCUUCCACCUGAGCUUGCUUGAAGGGACCCAGGAGUCUUUGGGCCCAGAUCUUUAAACCUUUGUGUCGUGUUGCAGCAGAGUGACGAUGGGGGUUGGGGGAUUAUUUAUUUUGCCUGUCCUUAUCCCUGCUUGGACACCUGAGCAUCUGAUUCCUGUUCCCCUGGUGCCAUCUGGCCUGGCUGGAGCCAGGAACAGGAGGGACACUUCCCCAGAAUCCGCAUGUUUCCCCAGUGAUUGCACCCCCCUGCCACCGUGGUGCCUGGCUUUAACUCCCACCCCUGCUAUGACUCCUCUCUGCAGAGACGCGACUGGCGGCUCCAGCAGGGACUACCUUUCUUAUAAACCCAGGGGGACCGCGCACACACACACACACACACUUGAUCCCUUGCUUCCCUCCCCACUUCCCUCCCCCAGUGCGUUCUGUGAUCGCCAAGUUCAAAGCUGUGCACAUGUGGACACUCAAUAAAUGUUCAUUGGUGACAAGAA